AUGGCCUCCGAUCCCAAAGACAGGAGAGCUAGCCCGACCUCGGGUCAGAAGCUCCAGCCUUAUGAAGACACAAUCCGAGAUGAUUUAGAGAAUCAAGAAGAGAAGCUCCCUGGAGUUAUUCACAUGGAAGCUUUCAACGACCAGAUAACCCUUACAGAGAGAUACGUCCUUUUCUCUAGCAUUUUCAUCAUAGGAUAUGCUUUCGGCUUGGAUGGGCUUGUUCGGUCCACGUAUCAAGGAUACGCAACUUCUUCCUACUCUCAACAUUCGCUGCUCUCGACCAUCAACGUCAUUCGCGGAGUUAUUGCCGCGGCGGUCCAACCUUUGGUUGCUAAACUUUCUGAUCUACUCGGCCGCCUACCUUUAUUCAUUAUUGCUACGCUUUUCUACGUUGUCGGAACAGUGGUCGAAACGUGUGCCACCAGAGCAGAUCACUUUGCCGCUGGCGCCCUCUUGUACCAGAUCGGAUACACAUGCACUCUCCUGGUAUUCGAGAUAAUCAUUGCCGAUAUCACUUCAAUCCGCAGCCGAGUCUUUUUCGUCUUUGUACCAAAUAUGCCUUACCUUAUCAACGCGUGGAUAAGCGGUGAUGUAGUUGCAGCUGUGCUAAGAACCACCACUUGGCAAUGGGGCAUCGGGAUGUGGUGUAUCAUUUAUCCCAUCUGCACCAUUCCCUUCAUUGCAGUGAUGGCUAUUGUUGGACGUCGCGCUUCAAAAGAAAUUCCAGACAAGGCUAAAUCGGCACUCUCCAAGGGCCAGAACAAAUUUCAAAUGCUGGUGGAUCUCUUCUGGAAGCUUGACAUCGUGGGCAUCCUUCUUCUUACUGCAACUCUAUCUCUUACACUCAUCCCUCUCACGCUAGCUGGGGGAGAGAAACAAAAGUGGAAGACCGCCGGCAUCAUCACGCCUCUAGUUCUAGGCUUUGUCAUGGUAUUUCUUUUUGCCUCUUGGGAAUGGAAGACCGCGCAUCCAAUGAUGCCGAGAUAUCUCCUCCGGGAAAGAGGCAUUUGGGCAGCGCUUUGUGUCGCCGUCUUCAUGACCUUUUCCUGGUACACACAAGCCGACUUCCUCUAUACCGUGUUAUUAGUAGGAUUUGACUUUAGCAUUGCUGACGCCACACGCAUUGCCUCUGUCUACAACUUCUGUGCUGUGUUUGGGGGAGUAUCUCUCGGUUUGAUCAUCAGAAAGAUCCGAAGACUGAAACCCUUCAUUAUUGGAGGUAUCGGUCUCUGGACUCUGGCAUACGGUCUUCUCGUCAAAUUUCGCGGAGGCGCCAAUCCAAGUGCAAAGGCGGGCGUGAUCGCCGGCCAGGUUUUGCUAGGCUUGGCUGGCGGGUUCUUCCCGUACCCCAAUUUGGCCGCAGCUCAAGCUCUAACCAAGCAUGAGGACAUAGCAGUGAUGACCAGUAUCAUGCUCACCAUGAACAACGUUGGAAUGGCUCUCGGGAAUGCGGUUUCGGGAGCUAUCUGGACCCAGACUUUGUACGCACAACUUCAAAGAGACCUGGCUCCCAAUACCCAGCUUGCGGAGCAAGUCUACGCUUCGCCUUUAUACGUGGUUCCCAAUUUCCCUGUUGGUUCUUCCGAGCGCGCGGCUAUUAUUGAAAGCUAUCGAUACAUCUAA